ACACGUCAAAAUUAAUUUUAUUUUGGUUAUUUCUCUUAUUCUGAUAUUUUAUUUAAAUUUCCUUUAGUAAAUAAUUUACGUUUUGUGCGCUAGAAAUGUUUGUGAUUGCCAGGAAUGGAAGACGUUCUCUUAUAUUUAAAUUAAACAGUAUCAGGAAUUUUUCAAAUAAUACAGAAAAAACAAGCUACUAUCAUUAUGAAAGUGAUCCAGGGCCAAAAUUCAUUGAACCCAGCACGCAGAGAAUUUUAAAGUCACUAACAUGCCCUUCUGUAGAAAAAGUAUUCAGAAAAAAAUCGUCACAAAAUUCAAUCGAAUAUCAAUUCAUGACUACAGAAAAAUUAGAAAAAAAAUUUGAGGAAAUGUCAGCUUUAGCAGAUAAAUAUCUUCAAAUGCCUCCUGUAGUAAUGGUGAAGAACAAUGCUCCAAAAAUUAUUUCAAACGAUCCGGCACUUAAAAAUUUCUCGGAAAACACACACAUUUUCACAGAUAUAACUUUUGGUUUAAAACAAUCAGAGCGUAAAGUCGUAAUUAGACAUGUUGAUGGUACUUUGGAAAAUGCAUCAAUGGAAGUACAAAAAAGAAUGAAUCAACUGUAUUUCCCUUUAAAAGGUCGUAAACUUUACUGUCCAAAAAUGCUUCAAGAACCACAUUUUCAACGGUGUUUAGAUGAAUUCAAAUAUGAAUUUGUAUUAGACAGAUUAUGUAUACAAUAUGAGCCAUAUGAAAAGGAAUAUCACGAUCUAACGUCUACACUUUAUAUGCACGUGAAUGAAAAUAAAAAAUUUCAUGAUUUAAGAUCAACUCGGCAUUUCGGGCCUAUGGCAUUUUUCUUUGCUUGGCAUAAAAUAAUAGACGAUAUGCUUUAUGAUAUGAUUAAGAAGGAAUAUUUAAGAAAUGGUGUAGAAUUAAUUGCUUUAAUGAAUGAUUUACACAACAUAGAAUAUGAUAAAAAAAUUUUAGAUAGGAUUGAAAAAUCUCCUAAACAAUUUGGAAUUGUAGAGGAACUAAAAAAAUCUUUAAAUAGCACCCCAGACGACAUUCAUGAAGAAAUAAGAAAUGCAAUUGGAAAAUCCAGAGAAGAUUUCGAAAUAGAUGAUUUCUGCCUUAAUUUUAUAGAAAAUUUUGUCAAAUCAAAAGCAUUAAAAAGAAUCCCAUUGGAAUUAGCGAUACAAACUUUUAAAGAGACCAAUGAUGAAAAACGCCGUUUAUAUGAAGGACUUAGAAAAGCGCAUGGUAUAAACUAAAUAGUUAGCCAAGUAAAUUUUGUAUGUUGUAACACAAAUGUACAAUAAAAUAAAUAUACAGUUA